GUCGAUGCAUUACGAUUACGUCUGGAAGAGAAGGAGACUAUGCUAAAUAAGAAGACAAAACAGAUUCAGGAGAUGGCAGAGGAGAAGGGGACUCAAGCAGGAGAGAUCCAUGACCUCAAGGACAUGUUAGAGGUGAAGGAACGCAAAGUUAAUGUUCUUCAGAAGAAGAUUGAAAAUCUUCAAGAGCAGUUAAGAGACAAGGAGAAGCAAAUGAGCAGCUUAAAGGAUCGAGUGAAAUCCUUGCAGGCUGACACCACAAAUACUGACACCGCCUUGACCACGCUGGAAGAAGCACUUGCAGAAAAAGAAAGGACCAUUGAGCGCCUAAAGGAGCAACGUGACAGAGAUGAACGAGAAAAACAGGAAGAGAUCGACAACUACAAAAAAGACAUUAAAGACCUGAAAGAGAAAGUCAGCAUUUUACAAGGAGAUCUUACAGAGAAAGAGUCAUCCUUACUGGAUCUGAAGGAACAUGCUUCAUCCUUAGCUUCAUCAGGGCUGAAGAAGGAUUCAAGACUCAAGACACUGGAAAUUGCAUUGGAACAGAAAAAGGAAGAAUGUUUGAAGAUGGAAACUCAAUUGAAGAAGGCUCAUGAGGCAACGCUGGAGGCUAGGGCCAGCCCAGAGCUGAAUGAUCGUAUGCAGCAGCUGGAAAGGGAGGUAACACGGUAUCGGGACGAAUCUAGCAAGGCUCAAGCUGAAGUGGAUCGUCUUCUGGAAAUCUUGAAAGAGAUGGAAAAUGAGAAGAAUGAUAAGGAUAAGAAGAUAGCAGAACUGGAGAGCCUCACCUCAAGGCAAGUUAAAGAUCAAAAUAAGAAAGUAGCAAAUCUGAAGCACAAAGAGCAAGUGGAGAAAAAGAAGAGUGCACAGAUGCUGGAGGAGGCCAGGAGACGAGAGGAUAAUCUUAAUGACAGCUCUCAACAGCUUCAGGACAAUCUACGUAAAAAGGAUGAUCGGAUUGAAGAAUUGGAAGAGGCACUCAGAGAAAGUGUUCAGAUAACUGCAGAGCGGGAAAUGGUGCUAGCACAAGAGGAGUCAGCCAGGAUCAAUGCUGAGAAACAGGUAGAAGAGCUGAUGAUGGCCAUGGAGAAGGUUAAGCAGGAGCUGGAGUCGAUGAAAGCAAAAUUGUCCUCUACACAACAGUCUUUGGCUGAGAAGGAAACCCAUUUGACCAACCUACGAGCUGAAAGAAGGAAACAUUUGGAGGAAGUCCUGGAGAUGAAACAAGAAGCCCUUCUUGCUGCCAUUAGUGAAAAAGAUGCCAAUAUUGCUCUGCUAGAACUUUCAUCCUCUAAGAAGAAGACCCAAGAUGAAGUGGCUGCACUGAAACGAGAGAAAGACCGCCUUGUGCAACAGCUCAAGCAGCAGACUCAGAACCGUAUGAAGCUGAUGGCUGACAACUAUGAGGAUGACCACCUCAAAUCCUCAUCCCAUUCCAACCAAACCAAUCACAAGCCCUCCCCUGACCAGAUAAUUCAGCCCCUCUUAGAACUUGAUCAGAAUCGCAGCAAGUUGAAGUUGUACAUUGGACAUCUGACAGCCCUCUGCCAUGACCGUGACCCCCUGAUUCUGCGUGGACUCACCCCACCUGCUUCCUACCACCUGGAUGAUGACCGGGCAGCUUGGGAGAAAGAGCUGCAGAAGAUGACCCAGGAGCAGCUUCAUGACGAGUUAGAAAAGGGCGAGAAGGAAAGCGCGGAGCUGCAGGAGUUUGCCAAUGCCAUCUUACAGCAGAUAGCGGAUCACUGCCCUGACAUCCUGGAGCAAGUCGUCAAUGCACUUGAGGAGUCGUCAUGA